CUACCGGCAAGCUUUUAAGCUCGGGACUAUUUUGCCAUCACUAUACCCCAUCGUUGGACAGCUCUACAAAAAUAAUCCAAUUUUGUCUAUUUGCAGUUUCGAUCGUCAAGCCUGUCCAGCCCAUGUUUGUUUCUAACAAAAGCCCACCGUGGCCUCACCUACUAAACUCACCGAUUCAAGGAUAGACUCUAUAGAUCGUAAGCUGAAAGUGACACUAAGCUCUUCCGCCGGUAACACAUACCAGACACAGAUGGCAUCCUCUAACUUGAAGAUGAUGAAAAGCCCACUUACCACUUCAGUAGACAAAGGACACUUAUUACCCAUGAAAGCAUCAGUUAUGAUCGCUACAAAGAUAAACACAGCUACAGUUCCUCUUCAGGUGAAAUGUGAGAAAGGACAUGAACCAUCGACAACAGAUGGUUUUGCUGUUUCACGAAGACAUAUGAUGAAGUGUUUAACUGCCGAAGUUCUUGGUCUUACCCUUCUCCUGAAACCUGCAGAAGCUCGUAUGAGUAGACUUGAAAUGAAGAAAAAGAUGAUGAAGAAGCUUGAGGAGCUUAGGGAGAAGGCUGGAGUAUCUAAGCCAAAAACUGAGAAUAAUGGGAUGAAGAAGUCUCCGAUAUUGCCACUUCCACUGCCAGCCCCUGAAGGCAGAGUUGGAGCAUUUGUGGAAGCAAACGUUAACAAUGCCUUGUGAUUUUGCGAGUAAUAGGUUGGUUUGUGUUGUCAAUUUUCCUGGAAUUUGUAACUAAAGUGAAAUUAGCUGAGGUAUUAGAAGACUUGGUUUUUCCCAAGAAAUGAAUGUAUCUAUUUGUGUAGCUACUCCAGCAUUACUAGACCAGAAAGACUUAUGUGAUGAAAUAUUGAGUUUUUCGGUUCAAGAGUUCUUUUUUAAUAUUGAGAAGAAAAAAGGAGUCAUUUACAUAUUUAGCACCAAUUUUCAUGUAGACCACAGACCUUUUAAUUCCAAAAUGAAAGAUGAAUUAAUUAUUUCAUUACAAAAAAAAAAAAAAAACAAAACAAAA